AUUACUUAUUCUGUGCUAACUUGACUAGUCAAGAGGUUUUUGACAAGCGACAAUCGUUUGGAUGUUGCGUUUUGGUAGAUUUUUAGUAAUCGAAAAUAGAAUCUUAGAAAUGUUCUAAUUUCUAUGUUUCAUUUGAUCAUCGGGGUAGAUUAUGCGAAUAUCAUAAUUGCAUUGUUAUUCUUAUCAAAUAUUCAUAUGAAUUGACCUGGCCAACGAAUGUAUCGACCAUUGUAAUAAGUAGCAACAGUAUUUUUAAGUUGUGUUAUUCAAGGAACAGUGAAGAUUUUUUUAAAUAGUGAAAAAUUGUUUAUGACCGUCCUGAGGUCAUAAACUAAAGUGUAGUGAAUCAAGAUGGAGCUCCCAGACUGCCCUCCUGGUGCAGAGGGAUAUCAAGAUUCUGUCACUGAAGUACCUAAGAAACCAGACUUAGAAACUAGUACCAAGGCUGAGCAGGAGUUUCUGGAACAUUUGAACAGUUUGAAGAUCAAGGUUGAAGAUGACUCGAUCAGGUGUAUGGUGGAGCGACGUGGGCGCGAUAUAUCGGGGAAAUGGAUCUACCUGUGCUUUCCUUGCGCAGCUGUAUGCAGCGGCGAGACUGUAUUACAGACUCACAUUUCGGGGAAAAAGCACAAAACAAAGUUAUCAUCUAAAACUAUUUGGCCGAAAUCUAUAUUCGAAGAGCAUCCUUAUCUCCUCAAUGAAAGGGGAGCAAAUUCUAAAUCUGGAGCCACAUCGAGCGUUCUCAAAAAGAUGGCUGAAGAAGUGAAUUUGCAUAAUGCUACAACGAUUGAGCAUAAGUAUAACUGUUAUAAGAGUCUGCCAACUCACAUUCAACAUAUUUUAGAUGAAACCAAAGCGCCUCUCUUAGGCGUGGAGUAUCUAGUGGAGCAUCCUCCAGAAGAGGCCCAUCACGAGCCCUCAUACGUCUGUACGCUGUGUAAUAAGCAUGGACACCCCCGAACCAUUGUCAACCAUCUCACGUGCUUUUGGCAUCGGCACACAUAUCUCGCGCACCACUUCCCGAAGGCGACGAACCUCCUGCAGCCGUACCGGCGCAGCCACAAGGCCGGCUACGCGAUGAUCGUGAGCCGCCUCGCGCACUGCAUCGAGCACAAGUACGGCCGCAUGAAGCCCGUGCACUGGCAGAAGGAGGAAUAUGAGGCUAACAAGGAUCAGAUACUAAAAUUGAUAUUCAAAGGGAAACAUUUUGCCGAGGUCGAGAACUGCACUUUUGAAGAAGUUGUUGAUAUUGAUUUACUAACUUCACUUGAUGCAGGUCGUGUACAACAAGUUCCACACGAACCAUCGCCACCGCGUGUUGCAGCGCCUUCGAAACCCCAAUUUAAGCCUAGUGAGGCUGGUCGAAAGCGUGAGAAUAUAUCGGUGGAGUCUCUGUCAGACCUUAGCGAAGAGGACGAAGCUACGAAAUUUGUGCGCUACGGGAAAGCUAAUUAUAGCUGGCCACCCCGUUUCCGACCGAAUAGACGUUUCUUUUUGGUGGGACGCCGAUUUUCUCCUUAUGGACGUGCAGAAGCCUCAAUACCAGUUAAAAACCGUAAAAUUGACACCAAUGCUAAUAACCAACGAGGGGACAAGAGGAGCCGGCCCGGAAAUUACGACUUUAAAGUGAAGAAAGCUAAAGAGCAGCGUAUGGAGGCAGAAGUGACGGCUAGAAAAAUGCUGGCCUACCAUGAGAAGAAUCCUGAAAAGCAUCCACUCUAUCCUGAGGAGUGGAAGAAGUUCUGGAACCGUCGCUAUAAGGAGUUGCAAGCAGAUGGAAAAGACCCGGCGAAGCACGACUUCAAACCGGAGUGGAUAACGUUCUGGACGGGGCGUAUGAAGGAGCUGCAUGAGGAGGAAUUGCGCAUCACAGUACACGAGAUAUAUCGCAAAUUCAGCCUCCCAGCACCCGAUGAUAAGGAACCGUCUCCGCCGAAAGAGGAGCCAAGAGUGGUGGAUAAGAGGAAGUCACCAAGACGUAUUUCUCCAUACAAACGGUUCGAGAGACGCAGGUCACCGGAGAGACGAAGGACGCCGGAACGUAGAAGGUCUCCAGAGAGAAGGAGGACGCCGGAGCGCAGACGCACGCCUGACAGACGGAGAACUCCUGAACGGCGACUUAGGUCGCCCGAAAGAAGGUCCAUCGAAAGGAGGGAUAGAUGGAUAAAGGAUCGCCGCACGCCACCUCGCAGACGCUCACCAGUUAGACAUCUCAAAACUAGAUCUAGAAGCCCUGUCUAUAGGAGCAGCCCGUUGCGCGCACGCGCGAGCCCGCUGUCGGCGCGUGACCGGCGGCGAAGCCCCGGCGGGCGGAACCCGAGCCCGCACCCGCCGCCCUCCAUGCAGACCGUGCUCAUAUCGGACGAUGAGCUCAAGCCCGAAGAGAACAAUAUGUCACCCUGGGACUCGGACGAUUCCUUGGGCUCGCUACCGGACGUGCCGGAGCCGCGCUCGCGCUCGCGCACCGGCAGCCUCGCGUCGCGCGCAUCGCGCAUGCGCCGACCCGACAAAGAGUUUCUACCCGAGCACAAAGACUUCAAAGAGCACAAGGACACUAUGAAUGAUUUUGGCGGUGCACCAGACAACGUGGUGGCCACGCUGCGGCUGCUGGUGGCGCUCGAGGACCAUCUGGGUAGCCUCGGGCCGAAGGUCGUUGAUCUGUUGGCGGAGGCGAUACGGAUGGAAAAGGAGAAGCCGAACGCGUCGGAGCAGCUGCUGGAGCGCGAGGCGGCGCUGGUGCUGAUCGAGACGGCGAAGGAGAAGCUGAAGGGCGCGCUGCAGGCCGGCCUGGUGGCUGGCGGCGCCGCGGCCGCCGCGCGCACCGCCGUCGUGCGCGCCGCCGCCACGCUGCACGAGGCGGACACGCGCGCCAGGAACACCCAGAAGGAAGCACAAGCGAGCGCGCAAAGUGCGGGCAAGAAGAGCGGCGUGCCCGUAGCGGGCGUGGGCGAGGUCGACCGCGAGGAGAUCGCGCAGCAGAUGGCCGCCGCGCUCAUCGCACAGGGCAAGACCGACGUGUCGUCCGAGGAGCUCGCGCAGCUGGUUGACGCUGUGGUUGGAAUGGCGGAAGCUAAAAAGAGAGAAGCGAAACUUAAAGAGCAGGCUCUAGUAAUAGAAGCAAAACCUCCGCCUGAUGAACCAAGUGCGUCAAGUGCAGCAUCUGCAUUGCAACUGUUACAAUCUGCUUAUGACGAUAAAAAGACCGACAAGGAAGACGCGGUGGACGCAAUGGACGGCCUUUCCGACUCCGACCUAGAGACGCUGCUGAAGAACUUCAACGAGCUGUCAGCAGAAGAGCAGCACAGUCUGAUAGCGUACUUAAAGAAGCUGGAGGCCCGCGAGCCGCAGCGCGUGGAGAGGCUGCGGCAGUACGUGAGCGCCGACGCACCGGAGCCGCGCGACCCGCCCGAGUUUCGCGAGCCUCGUGACCCCCGUGACUCUCGUGACCUCCGUGACCCCCCUGAGCCGCCCAAGGAGGACGUCAGGGUUGUCAACAUAGAGAGCGACGACGAUGAUUAUGCUGUGGAGGAGGUGGGUGUUUGUUCUCUUUUCCUAAUACUCAGGAAUAUAUUAAUUGUGGAAUUUUUGAUCGGACCGGUAAUUAAAAGAUUCAGUUUCUGGCAUAUUAUUUGAUAACCAGUUUCGAGAUAUCAAGUUGUUAGUUGUUUUGUUGAAUUAUUUACAAUAAACU